AAUAGACGAAGAAAAGGGGGAUGGAAAUAAAAAAUAAAAUCCUUCCUCCAUUUUAGCAACGGCGAGGGGUGGGAGAGAAAUAAAAUCAAAGUGUCUGGAAAAGUCCCUGGUAGAGUCUUUGGACUACGUUUCCCGGCAUGUCAUGCGCGUGGCCGGGCGAUACGCAUGCGCCAACUGAAAGCUAGGCUGCCUAAUUCGGAACGGGAACUACGAUUCCCGGCAAGCGGCGCGCGCCACGCAGGCGCAGCAGCUGCGAGCAGAGGCGGAGCCUACGAAGGGGGGGGGCAAAUCUCUCCCUAGCCUUGCAGGGCGGGGCUCCCCCUCUCCCCGCCCACCCCAAACUCCGCUGCCGGUACCGGGCGACGCCGGAGGAGACCCCCGCCAUGGACUCGGACUCCUGCGCUUCCCCGCCGCCCCCCGAAGAUUUCCCCCCGGGCUCCAAGCGCUGCCGGACGGUGGAGGAUUUCAACAACUUUUGCACCUUCGUCCUGGCCUACGCGGGUUACAUCCCGUACCCGCACGAGGACACAUCUGGCUGGAGCAGCGCCAGCUCCCCCAACAGUACUCGGGGGGCCAUUGACAGUGAUGGAGGGGAGACUCCUUUGGGACACGUCUCCGUGCCAGGAAAAGCCCGGAAGAGCUUCAGUCAACUCAAACAUGGCAAGGCCUAUUCCUCGCUCUACCAGUGGACAAAGCCCAACGGAUUUUUGGUGGACCGGAAAAAAAUGGAGAAGUUUCGGAAGAAACGGCGGCUGGUGAGGAAGGACGCAGCGCUGCCAGACAUCAAGUACCCCGAAGAAGAGGAAAGGCUGCGGGAGAGAGGAGAAGAGCCGUACGCCGAGACCCCGCUCAGCCCAUCCUCUGAAGGGGACGCUCAGUCCUCCACAGGCCGCUGCUCAGCCUGGGAUUCAGACACCCCGUCGAAUCCCCCCUACGCAGCCGCUGCACCGGAGCAGAGCCUUGUCCAAACGGUGGGCAAGAGGACCAUCAUACGGCAAGGGAAGCAGGUGGUCUUCCGGGACGAGGACGGCAGCGGAGACGAUGAGGACAUCAUGGUGGAUUCAGAUGAUGAUUCCUGGGACCUGGUCACCUGCUUCUGCAUGAAGCCCUUCGCCGGGCGCCCCAUGAUCGAGUGCAAGGAAUGCCACACCUGGAUCCACCUCUCCUGUGCCAAAAUCCGCAAAUCCAACGUUCCCGAGGUUUACGUCUGCCAGAAAUGCCGAGAUUCCAAAUUCGACAUCCGACGGUCCAGCCGUUCCCGGACGGGCUCCCGCCGGCACUUCCUGGACUAAGCCGGCUGGGAGCUGGUGGGUGCCGAACCUCGAAAUUUGGGGGGGUUGAGUUGGUAGGCCGCAGUGGAGAGCGAGUGAGACCCUCCGAUCUUCUGGAUCGCCUGAUUUCCCGUUGGAAGUCGAACUGAUUCCCGGCUGCAAAAGUGGGGCGAAGGGGGUCUGGGAGGGUCUUCCUGGUCUCCUUGUCUUGGGAGCACAAAGGGAAAUAACGGGGAGCUGACCAGGGCACCAUUCGGGGAGGGAUUGAGGUGCAAACCAGAUCCACAAAAGGUAUCUCUACAGGAGACGAGAAAUUUUUUUAUAAACUCUCGUUAUUCGAAGCACAGAUUUGGAGACCAGGACCGUUUACAGAAGUGACUCUCUUUCUCCCAGAGGUCAGUCCAAAGAUUUGGGAAGCCCUUGAUUCUGGAACAACCUCCCACGAGCUGAGUUUGGAAAGACGGGAACGAUGCAAAAAAAUAAUAAUCAUCUUAUUUUGACAGCAGGAGCACUGGGACCCCUCUAUCCAAGUGACAAGAUUUCAGCCGAUUAGGAUUUAAAAAAGGGGAAUUGCCCCUUCCUUUUGGGGAGGGGAGAAGGACAAACUUUUUUCCUGGUGCUUUGAGACUGAGCCGAGGGUCCGAAAAGCUGGACAGCCCAAUGGGAUGAGUGGGUGAGGGGCUAGGGAGGGGUGGACCUCGGUUCAGCUGUCAGUCAGUCGGUGCUGCUUUUUGGACCUUUUUAAAGAGACACUGCACGGCACCUUCUCUGAUGGGUGGGGGGAGAAAGUGGGGGGGAAGACCCCACCCCUUCCCGUCAUCUUUGAUUGAUAAGUAAGAUAUUCCUGGUCUGUUUCUGGUGUUGUGCUGUGAAAGCCUUUGGCCGCGUCCCAAAAGUCAGUCUGGAGAAGGUGGAUUCCUGGAUCCUUCACUCUGCAAGAUCCACUCAGAUCACUCUCUUAACGUGGGAACCAUCCAGCCAUCCCACUGGAAAAUCUCCGGCUGUCGUGCGUGAAGGAAAUUUCCAGUUUCUUUUUGGGACUCUACGCCAGGACUAUUUUUUCCGUUCCUUUCUUCUUUGGUUAGCCACGUUUGAUGGGGCGGGGGGGUCCCUAUCGCCAAAAACCGCUGAGGUCUUCAGCCCCCGCCCCCAAACAGCCGUGUAUCGAGGGUUUUGUCUGUGUACAAUCUCAGUUCAAGAGCUUUAAUUUUUUAAAACAAUUAAAAUUAUUUGUUUUAUGGAA